CGAGAUGGUUCACUUGAAGCUGGAUUCAACUACACUACGGUAGACCCAUCUUUUUCCAACUCCAUCUCUUUCUCUCUCGGUCGCGAUAGUGUCUCUUCGCCAAUCUAGAGGCGGCUCGAGAUAAGCUCUGUGUACCCUUGGACGACCGUAAGUCCAUUUGGGUUAGAUUUGUUGGUGUACAUCCAAUCCGGCUUACUACAAUCAGCGGGGAAGCAUCAAUGACGUGGUACCCGGGCCGAAAAGGUACCUUCUUCCCUGGCUUUCGGAGGGGCUUAUCCGGCAUUUUGAUGGCCGUUCUUCACCACGGUCGGUGGAAACUCCGGAUACGUGGGGGACAACGAGUCCAAGUUUCCGUAGCAUUUUCAUCACGCAAUUUGCGGGCGUUAGGUGUGCUUAAAGACUAACAUCGUCGCGACCUGAGGAAGCACCACGUCCCUUAUCUCAACACCCCCUCCAGCACAACUCAGGAGGUCCGACAACUUGGCUUCAGAUCGCGUUGCUUCAUCUGACAUGUUGACGGGUUGACGGGGGCCAAUCAUGCUUCACCUAUCACCAUUGUUAUGCGGCCUAGCCGUGCUGGGCCAGCUCGGCUCCGUAGUCAUCGCUGUUCCGCUGGAGUUCAAGUACCAGAGGGUGAUCCAAAACAUCUCUUCCGAAGGUCACCGGGGAGCCGUGGCCAGUGAGAGCGCGAUAUGUUCCCAGAUUGGCAUUGACGCCCUCCGCAAGGGUGGUUCCGCCGCCGACGCCAUGGUAGCCACCACCCUCUGCGUUGGCACCAUCGGCAUGUACCACUCUGGCAUCGGCGGCGGCGGCUUCAUGCUGGUGCGCGACCCGGACGGCAACUACCACACGGUCGACUACCGCGAGACCGCGCCCGCCGCCGCCACCCAAGACAUGUAUAACGACGACCCGAACGCCAGCGUGCUCGGCGCCCGCUCCGUCGCCAUCCCCAGCGAGCUGCGCGGUCUCGAGUACGUGCACAGCAAGUACGGCCGUCUGCCAUGGCACGACCUUGUGAUGCCCUCGGUUAAGAUCGCCCACGACGGCUUCAAGGUAACGGAGGAUCUGGUCCGGUACAUGGCCAGCGCCUCGGCGUCGGACGACUUUCUGACCCGUGACCCCGUCUGGGCCCAAGAUUUCGCUCCCAACGGCACCCUUCUCGGGCUCGGCGACACCAUUACGCGGAAACGGUACGCCAAGACGCUCCUUAAGAUCGCCCUCCUCGGCGCCGACGCCUUCUACACCGGCCCGAUUGCCGACUCCAUCAUCGCCCUCCUCCAGCCGCUCGGUGGCAUCCUCACCCACUCCGACCUCGCCAACUACGAGGCCUCCAUCAGGCCCGCGCUGAACAUCACCUACCGGGACUCCUUCCGCAUCUUCGCCACCGACGCACCUUCUUCGGGAGCCGUAACCCUCUCCAUCCUCAAAACCAUGGAACAAUUUCCCUCCCUCAACCUCUCCUCCAACAUCCCCCUAACCAACCACCGCUUCGUCGAAGCCAUGAAGUUCGCCUACGGCGCCCGCCAAUCCCUCGGCGACCCAUCCUUCAUCACCAACAUCACCUCCUUUCAGGAAGCCAUGCUCUCCCCCCAAAGCGCCAAGUUCAUCUCUUCCAAAAUCCUCCCCAACUCCACCCUCCCCCUCUCCGAGUACGACCCAGUAAAGAACUACGCCGCCGCUUCCCACGGCACUUCGCACAUUGUCACGGCCGACCGGUCCGGUCUAACCCUCUCGUCCACCACGACGAUCAACCUCCUCUUCGGCAGUCGCCUGAUGACGCCUGACACGGGCAUCAUCCUCAACGACGAGAUGGAUGAUUUCAGCCAGCCCAACAAGAACAACUCGUUUGGCUUCGUCCCUUCCCCCUCCAACUUUAUUCGCGCCGGCAAACGUCCGCUGUCGAGUAUCUGUCCCUUGAUGGUCGAGCAUGUGAGCAACGGCAGCUUGUGGUUCGCCACGGGAGCUGCCGGAGGAAGCAGGAUCAUUUCCAGUACCACGCAGGUGGCGUUUAAUGUGCUCGAGGGACUUGCUGUCCAUCCGAAUACGACCGACUUGAAGGUCAAGGGGGUGGGUGGUGAGGGAAGCGUGAUGCGGGCGGCGGUGGCGGCGCCGCGGUUGCACGAUCAGUUGAUGCCUGAGGUGUUGCUGGUUGAGAAAGGGUAUGGACAAGAUGUAUACGAUGAUUUGAAGAGGAGGGGACACAAUGUGACUUGGCAGGCGCCAGGGCUGAGUGCGGUGCAGGCUGUGAUGAGGUUUGGGAAUGGAACGUUUGUGGCGGCGAGUGAGACUAGGCAGGUCAAUAGUGGUGGGUUUGCUGUUUAGAUGGGAUGCGCAAAGGUUAGGGAUGACAGAACCUACCUCGCCGAUGACAAACAAAAAUUGUCAGGGACGAGCCUACUUACCCUUGGAUACUCAGAAACGAAAUAUCGGAUCCUAUAGACAUUAGGAACAGCGAUGAUGAUAAUGAUUCAAUGAAAUAAUCAAUGAGAGAGGAAGUUUGUUCAACAAGUUUCAACAUUAUGAAAUAGGAUAUCUCGUACUAGCUCGCACAACCAUUCAACACCAAACCACCUGCCACCAAACCGACCCUCUCUUUUUUUGAGUCCGUUCAUGCUCAUCUCAACAAGCGCCUGCCGAAUAUACAUACUCAUGACAAAUUCGUCGUCUCAUCAGGAAAAAAAAAAAUAAAAAAAACAA